CUCAUGGCGGAUGGCGAUGUGCUUCCUCGAAAACUUCAUCUUCCUUCCUUUCUGGAUAUUCCCAAGCAAAGCAAUAAUAAUAAAGAAAGACGACGAGACGACCCGGCAUUUCUAGAAAGACUCCUCUCUUUUCAUUUCAUAUAUGGACAACUGAGAAAAAGGUUUGGGCCUUUUUGGGGGUCUUCGUAUUUUAAGGGAUUUCUCAGUUCCACCGGCAAUUUUCCCCGAUUAAUCGCCUGCGGUGACCAUGUGGAUUUACGGUCUCCUCGCUGUGCAACUGUUCAUCUUCCUCUGGCAACUCACCCGCAAACUUAAACCGCCAGUCAACUCUCUCGCGGCAGAGUCAACUCCAUCUUCUUCCGCAAUCUGUGACAAUAAUGGAGCAGCGCCGGUCCCGAUUGUGUACAAGUACGACGUGUUCCUGAGCUUCAGAGGGGCUGACACCCGCUUCAAUAUCACCAGCCAUCUCUACGCUGCUCUGAGAGGCCGCAGCAUCAUGAGCUACAUCGACGAUGUUAAUCUCCAGCGAGGGGUGGACAUCGUCGAUUCCCUGUGGGGAGCGAUCGAGCAGUCGCGGAUGGCCGUCAUUGUGUUUUCCGACAACUACGCCGAUUCCGGAUGGUGUUUGGACGAGCUCGUCAAGAUUGCCCAAUGCCGAAAAACCCUAAAUCAGGUGGUCUUGCCGGUCUUUUGCGGCAUGCCUCCCGAGGAUGUUCGAGAUCAGACCGGGAGUUACGGUGUUGCUUUUGCCAAGCACCGUCAGUCGACGGCCUCGCCGGAGAAAGUGAAGAUGUGGAGGGCUGCGUUGCAAGAGGUCGCCGGUAUUCCUGGCUGCGAGUCUCUCAAAAUCAGGGGCUGAGCUCGUCAAAACAGUGGUUGAAACUGUCCUAGCAACAUUGGAUCAGAUUUCCCCAGUUUCACAGUUCCCUGGUUUGGUUGGAAUCCACACCCGAAUUGACGAUAUCGAAUCCUUGUUGCACCUGGCUUCUGAUUCAGAAACCAGGAUCGUCGGAAUGUGGGGGAUGGGUGGCGUCGGCAAAACCACACUGGCCAGAGCUAUAUACGAUCAGUUCUCGUCCAAAUUUGAAGCCUGUCAUUUCCUUGGUGACUUCAGGCAAGAAUUGGAGAGGCGCUCUGAGCUCGACCUGCAACACGAGCUCUUCUCGACCCUACUGGGGGACGAUUACAACCAUCACACCGCUGAAAGAAGCACAAAUUUGGCACUAACUUAUGCCAAAAUGCGUCUCACUCGUACCAGGGUUCUUGUAGUUAUCGACGAUGUUGAGAACCCAGUAGCACUGCAUAACUUGUUGGAUAAGCAACCCCGUACUCUGUUUGGUCCUGGGAGUAGGAUCUUGGUGACGAGUAGAGACCACCAGGUUCUUCAGAAUGUAUGUGAUGAAGUCUACGAGGCGAAGGGGCUGAAUGACUACGAAUCGCUUCAGCUCUUUGCUUCGAAUGUGUUCAAGAAUGCUAUCUCUGACGAAUUCGUGGAGCUGUCAUGGCGAGCCAUAAAGUACCCAUCAGGCAAUCCACUGGCUCUCAUAGUCCUUGCAAAGGCUCUGUUUGGGAGAAGCAAGGAGUACUGGGAAAGCAUAUUGCUGAGGCUUCACAGAGGGGAGCCGAACCAAAAAGUUCAGAACGUGUUAAGGAUAAGUUAUGAUGGUUUGGAUCGUGAUGAGAAGAAUGCCUUCCUAGACGUAGCAUGCUUUUACAAAGGAGAGAGUCGAAGGCAUGUGAAGUCCAUGUUAGAUGGUGCUUAUGGAGAUGGGUCGUGGGAUUGUGAAACAUGAGUCUGAUGAUCCGGGGCAACGGAGCAGGCUUUGGGAUCAGAAUGAUGUCUACUCUGUGCUUACCAGAAAAGGGCUCCGUCAGUUCUUGCUAUUAUGUUGUUGAUGAGGCCGCCUUGAGGGUACAAGAGGCUGCCAUAUCAGAGCAACGUACCAACCGGAGCUGACGUAAGAAAUGAAAAUGCUAACAGUGAUUUAUUAAUAUGAGUUCAAUAUGUCGAUGUCCAAUAUGAUACAUAGGCGAGUUCGGGGAACCAAAUUGAAAUUGGUAUUUAGCCCUUCGGUAAUCACUUAUCUAACAACUUGGCAAGGUGUUCAUCUCUUAACUGUUUAUGUAUCAUGAUCUUCAGGGUACCAAAAGAAUCAAAGGUAUAUCUAUGGAGUUAGGGAAAGGCCAGAUGCAACUGGACUCGGAUGCAUUUGCAGGGAUGAGUCGUCUAAGGGUCAUUAGGUUCUAUGUGCCACGCCAUGGUUACGGCGAUUACACUGAGGUGCAGUUACCUGCAGAGGGGCUUCAGUUUCUUUCCAAUCGGUUGACGAGCUUCCAGUGGCCCCAUUUCUCUUCAAAUUCUCUUCCACCAACAUUCCGAGCAGAGAAUCUCAUUGAUCUUCGUAUUCCCUAUAGCAACGUCAAGCAUCUUUGGACUGGCGUCCAGAAUCUUGGGAACUUGAAGUACAUCGAACUCAGCUACUGCAAAAACUUGGUGGAGCUGCCGGACUUAUCACUGGCCAAAAGAAUCGAGGACAUUCAUCUCAUUGGAUGCGAAAGCUUGGUGGAGAUCCCAUCCCACGUCCAACAAUUACCGAAUCUAUCGAACUUCAACGUCUGGAACACCAAGAGCCUCCCUGACCUCCCAACUCAGUUCACAUCCAAAUCAAUCAAUUCCCUCUCCAUCUCCGCUGAGAACUUGCCUGCAGCCGCAAACUACGACCAACUAUACCUCGGCAUCCAUCCAGCAGAAGAACAAGAAGAACAGCUUGAUAUUAAUGCACCCAUACCAAGCAGAGUUCUCGACAUUAGAAACAGCUUGCACAUAACGGACCUCCGUUUGAACGGAACGAUGAUCCAAAGGCUCCCGGCAUCAAUCGAGCUGCUCACCGACCUCGUUCUCCUCGACAUUUCUAACUCGAAGCAUUUACAUUUCGUUUCGACCAACAUCUGCAAGCUGAAGAAGUUGGAGAACCUCGAUCUUUCGGGCUGCAUACGGCUGGAAACUUUUCCGGAGAUUUUAGAGCCCAUGGAAAAGCUGGGCCACUUGUUCCUGGGAGGGACGUCGAUUACAGAGUUGCCAUCUUCGGCGGUUUAUAAUCUGGUGAACAGUACAGCGGUGAAUCUCAAAAACUGUAGAAAGCUUGUUAGGAUUCCUGAAGAUAUUCAGUUCUUUGAUAACUUGACGCUGAUUGACAUAAGGGAUUGCGAGAGGCUUGUAUGUUUGCCGAGGCUGCCGCUGCGAGUGAAGACGUUGAAUGCGGAUGACUGUGUUGCUCUGAGCGAGUUUCCGGAAUGUUGGGAUCUGCGGGACCUUGUGUCUUUGAGACUCGGGAACUGCUUCUUACUUGACCAGGAUGCGAUCGUUGGAUGGAUGGUGAAUGCCUUUGCUGAUGUUCAGAGAAUAGCGGCAGAGAUGUACUUCCCGGGAAGUGAAAUCCCACAUUGCUUCCAGUACAGAAGCAAUGGGUCCGAGGUCACCAUCCAGCUGCCGUGGAACAUGGACGAUUUCCUUUAUGGGAUCAAAGGAAUCGCUUACUGUUUAGUCGUGGAGGAUGAUGGCAGCUGCCCUGUCUCAGAUGACACUGAGGACAUGCGUAUUGGCAAAUAUAGCACCACCAUACCCUCCCUCGAGUGCCAUUGGAGAACAUCUUCGCCACUGCCAUCGUCAUCCCAGUUUCGUAACUCAAGGGGGACAUGGUGUCACAAUGCCUUCACCAGGGGUUUUACGCAGUUCAAGUCCAAUCAUCUGUUUGUUACUUACAGGAGCAGAGAUCACGACCGCGAGAUAUUUGAUGCGCGAAAUUUGGGGCGUGAUGUGACGUUUAGUUUUCAGUUUUGUGAUGCUUGGAAGGUGAAGAAAGUCGGGGUGAUGCUGGUGGAGUUUGAUUAUGGUUAUGGUAGUUAUGAUGAUGGUGAUGUUCGCUUCGAUGGUAAGUUGAUGGAUUGGACUGCAGGUGGUGAUGAUCAGCCAUUGGAUUUAGGUAAUGAUUAUGAUGGUAAGCCAUUCUAUUUAGGUGACGAUUUUAAUGAGCCAUUGUAUUUAGGUGAUGAUUAUGAUGACAGGCCAAUGUAUUUAAGUGAUGAUUAUGAUGAAGAGCCUGUGUAUUUAAGUGAUCGCUAUGAUGAUGAGCCAUUGUAAUUUAGAUUAGUGCUUGUUUGGUUGGUUGGUUGUAUACUUGUAUUUGAGGGAUACAAAAAUUCAGUUAAUUUUCAGUCGUUGUUAAUUGUAUGCAUUCCUAACUUUACUCUUGC